AUGGAGGUGGUGAAUUGGGUCAGCGGGGCGGCGGUUGCCUGCGCGGUCCUUCUGCUUACCACCACAUGCCAUGCCGGCCAGACCAGCGAGUAUCGGCGGCAGCUCGAACAGGCCAUCGACAUGCCGCUCGACGCUGACGUCUUCCGCGCUCCGGCCGGCUGCAAUACGCCGCAGCAGGUUCAUAUCACACAAGGAGACCAUGAUGGCAAAGCCAUGAUAAUCUCAUGGGUGACGACAAUAGAGCCUGGAUCAAGCACAGUGCUUUACGGGACUUCAGAAGAUAACCUCAACCAUUCUGCAAAGGGGAAGUUAACUCAGUAUACGUUCUACAACUAUACCUCAGGAUACAUUCAUCAUUGUACAAUAAAGAAGUUGAAGUUUGACACAAAGUAUUACUAUGCUGUUGGGACCAAAGAGACAAUGAGGAAAUUUUGGUUCAGGACUCCUCCGAAAAGUGGCCCAGAUGUUCCAUAUACAUUUGGUCUGAUAGGUGAUCUUGGUCAGAGUUUCGACUCAAAUGUCACUCUCGCUCAUUACGAGUCCAAUUCAAAAGCGCAGGCAGUGCUUUUUGUUGGGGACCUGACAUACGCAGAUAAUUACCCAUACAAUGAUAAUGUAAGGUGGGAUACAUGGGGAAGAUUUGUAGAGCGGAAUCUUGCAUACCAGCCUUGGAUCUGGACAGCUGGAAACCAUGACAUAGAUUUUGCUCCUGAACUUGGCGAAACAAAGCCAUUCAAGCCAUACAGCCAGAGGUACCCCACCCCUUAUAAGGCCUCUGGAAAACAUACUCCUCAGUACACGUGGCUUCGGGCGGAGUUCGCCAAGGUCAACAGGAGCGAAACGCCAUGGUUGAUUGUUCUGAUGCACGCUCCAUUGUACAACAGCUAUUACUACCACUAUAUGGAAGGUGAAAGCAUGAGGGUGUUGUACGAGCCAUGGUUUGUGAAGUACAAAGUUGACCUUGUGUUUGCAGGGCAUGUCCAUGCGUAUGAACGGACACAUAGGAUAUCAAAUAUCGCAUAUAACAUUGUGAAUGGCCUGUGCACCCCGGUCCGAGACCAGUCUGCGCCCGUCUACAUAACCAUUGGUGACGGAGGAAACCAGGGAGGGCUGGCCACCAACAUGUCGGAGCCGCAGCCAGGCUACUCGGCGUUCAGGGAGGCAAGCUUCGGGCAUGCCAUCCUGGACAUCAAGAACCGGACGCACGCAUACUACGCAUGGCACCGCAACCAGGACGGCACCGCCGUUGCGGCUGAAUCCCGCUGGUUCACCAACAGGUACUGGAUGCCCACGGAUGAUUCCUUCGACGAUCCCCAGUGAUGGUAUGAAAAGAAAAAUACGUGUCUUCGUCCACGUACGCUUCCUCGUUCAAUAAGUGUCGCCUCCGACACUGAACACACAACAUCCUCCUUUGUAUUCAGAGUACGGUUUAGGCCGCUCAGCUGCAGGUUGUGCUUU